AACAGUUUCAACGUGGUACUGUGACCUCGAGGCUUUCCUGAAGGAAAAUGUCUUUCCUACAAGUCUCUCAAGAUAGUCAUUUUCCUUUACAAAAUCUUCCAUAUGGAGUGUUUUCAACAUCUGUUAAUGUGAGUACAUUGAAUGGUGUUUUUUUAAUAAUGGAAUCCAUUUUCUCUUGAAGUGUUGCUAUGCAUAUAUUCCUUUAUCUUUUAGCCAAGGCAUCGCAUUGGAGUUGCAAUAGGCGAACAUGUGUUAGAUUUGUGUGGAAUUUCUGAAUUUUUCACUGGUCCCGUUAUGUCCCAAAGGAAUGCAGCUCUUCAAGAGGUAAGAUAUCUGUUUUAACAAGAGAAAAAGUAAAGCAUAAACACUCUCUGAAUGAUUAGUUCAGUGAGCAAUUAAAAUAUAUGGGUGUGUUAGAGGGUGGGUCUGUGGGUGUGUGUAACAAUUGCGGUUCCUUUGUUAAAUAUUGAUGAUGGCAAAGUUCUCAGUAAUAUCAUGCAGCAGAGUGAAUGUACCAUAAAAAUUAAACUUGUCAUGCAUCAGUCAAUUCCAGCUGCCUUGGAUGGUAAAUUCCCGGGGGUGGCGACGAAAAAAGGGGACAAAUGCCCCGUCCUCCGUCAACACUGCAACAUUUUUCAUUGACUGCACAGUCAAAUAGUGCAGCUGGAAUUGACUGAUGCACUAGCUGAAGUGUAAUAACAGUUAUUAUUUACUAUAAUUUUAUUAUUCAUUCAUUUGUGGAGGCGUAUGGCCGAGUGGUUAACACCUCGAACUGCGGAUCUGGAGGUCCAGGGUUUAAACCUCACUCGUCACGUUGUUUCCUUAGACAAGGAACUUUACUCCACUUUGUCUCUCUUCACCCAGGUGUAUUGCUAGUUUUCAACCACGUGACAAGGCAACCAUGUUGGUAGACAAAACAAUAAAAAAUUUUUAGCAAAAUUUGCAUAAAAAAUUUUUUUUUUUCCCAGAGGAGGAAACGCUUUUGUUCUUGUCCACCAACCUGGCCGCUGUGAUGUCAGCUGAAAACCAGCAAUAAAUGGGUGCUGGUGACAGACUGCUAGGGGGUAACCCUGCGACGGACCAGCAUCCCGUCCAUUGGGGAGUAGCAAUACUCCAAGGGGCUUCAUGCUCAUGACACUGGGAUAAGCUCCGGCCAUUUGGGCCUUUGGCUCGUGUGCGCCUUUUUCACCUUUAUUCAUUCGUUUAAAUUCUUCGUAACCAGCUAGCAUUGACCAAAUUUUCAAACUUUAAUUUUUGGUGUAAUAGUCAGUAAAAGGGACAGUAACCGAGAAGCCCUGGAGAAAAGGUUGUGUUGAUUUAGUAGAGAAGUAGAAACAUUUUGCAAAGAAGAAAUAGCUGAACAACUCAGCCUAAAACAUAGCAAGAACAGCAAAAGAAAACCUCAUGACAUCAUUCUGCUUUGUUAAGGAAAUCUGCUAGACUAAACAUCCCUUUUUGUAUCCUGAACAUGCCAAGAAACAGACAAGAACACAGGAACUUUUAAGGAGGAGGGCAUAAGGGUUUGUUGUGAUGCGGUUUUGCUCAAUUUUUGGUGUGGUUUUGCAGAAAUUUUUAUUUUAAGUUGCGGUAUUGCAGUUUUACAAAAACCAAGCGGUUUGCAGUAUUUAGAACUUUUGGGUAAUUUCAAUGUGGUUUGCGGUUUUCUUAUCAUAUUGUUAUUCUGUGUAGUAUUUAUACAUAAUUCUAUGCAUUUCUGCAGUAUUCCUACCCCCCUUAUGCCCCCCUCCUCUUUAACAUCAAUCAAGGAAAGGAAUUGUUUUGGGUGAAUGAUAAAACGGUUAUUGGAAUUGGGUUCCGUGUGAUCUGAAGAGUAUACAGUGUGUAGUGCAGAUCUCAUAGAAUGUUAUCUGCCUUGCCUUGCCUUGCCCUUCUCCUCCCCCACAAUAAUAAUAAUAAUAUCCAAAUCCUAAAUGCCCUUUUUUGUAACCUGUUGUGUAAACUUAAACUGAUUAAUGCAGUAACAUCAAAAAUUUACAGGCUUGUCUCCCUUUUUAUAGCCAACUCUAAAUGCUUUUAUGGGUCUUGGAAGGGAAGCUUGGAAAGAGACAAGGGAUACUUUACAACGGAUUUUGUCUAGUAAUGAGGUAAGAUUGCAAAUAAGAACAUCACAGUAAAACACUUUGAUCAAGAAGUUCAGAAAUCAAAGUACAUGCAGGCAGACCCAAAUGGUGAAGUGACAAUGCACUAUGGGUUGAUACCCCAACUAUAACGACACUAAUUUCACACUGACGAUAGUCAGUAGGAAAGCUAGUAAAUGUGUACACGUAGGACUUAAUUACCUGAGUAGAGCUGGUACAGUCUGUAUGUUCCCAUUAACUCAUAAAUAUCACUACAAAUCUCUUUUACCUUGAUGUUUUGAACCAUUCAAACUCUACAUUAUACACCACAAUAAAUUUUUUAAGCAAAGCAAUGAAUGCGAAAACAUCUGGUUUCUGUUUCAAGGGUAGAGUUCUCAUUUGAAAACAAAAUUAAUAUUACUAAGAUUAAUGAAAACAAAAUAACUAUUAUAACAUAACUAUAUUCUGAAACUAAGAUAAACAUUUUGUUUCCAUCCCCAGCACAGAACUAACUUAUUGUCAGUUUCAGUCAUUUUUAUUGAAACACUCAUGCAUGUCAAAUCAUCAGUAAAGUAUCAUUUUCUUUAGUGUAGAAUAAUUUUUCACUUGUUUGUAGAUAAAAUACAUUAACGCUCGUGUCAAAAACUACCCAAGUGACAAUAAGAGAAAUUUGAAAACAGUCAGACUGAAAUCCUUUUUGGAUCAACAUCAUCAUCAUCAUCAUAUUGGUCCUAUCUUUUGUAAUAAAUGUCUUUCUGGUUUAAAAAUAAAAAAUGCCGUAAAAUAUAAAGGAAAAAGAAUUCAUUUCUUGAAAAGUUUAUUGCGAACACACAAUUUUCACCAUUAUAGUUUCCUCUAUACUAGCUGGGUGCUGAUCAUGAAUCAACCUCUAGGAAAAGACUAGAACUGGAGCCUUCAGUCGAUAGAAAUUCAUUAAGUGGUCUGCAGAUAACUUAAAAAAUGAGACCUUAAUGUGGUCAAUACACCUGUACAUGUAAUUUUGGUCAGCUAACACCUUUCUUUGUGGUCCUGCUUUUACCUGAUUUGCCAAAGAUGCAGGCUGAUAUUUACAUAAUGUAGAUUUCACAGGUAAAGCUUUCUGAUAGGGUGAGAAUAACACUGGGAAAUUUUGCGGGCGCAUUUCCAGGAGGUCACAUUAUAAGCGAAAUUAAAGGUCCAUCAUGUAUGGUUUUCUGCUGGCUGAGGAAUGAAAGAAGUGGAAAACAGUUCUCUCACACACGGCUGGGAGUUUAUUGGGCUCAAGUGUGCAGGGUGUCUUAGGUUAAGCAUCCGCCAUUGCUUGACCUGCCUUGCCCAUUAAUUUUUUGCCCUUCAUAUUUUUUUUGGAUUUAAAGUAGUGCCAUUAAAUUCUGGUUGUUCUUGUACAGUGUAUCUAUAGUCUCCAUUCCUAGACAGCCAUUUAUGAGCUCUUUUUGUGCUGGCCUAGUGUAACACUAGUGACUUGUGUGUUGCUGAUGUUAAAUGUCAAAUGAGUUGCAUGGUUGAGGUUAAUAACUUGGCAAUCAACUGAGCGAAGAAGUUUUUAAAUUUUCCUUUUUUUCGAGAGAUGAUUCCACAAACAGUAAAACUGGUGAGUCAACUAAAAUUAGUAUUUAAGAAGAUAAUUUAUUAUUUUUGUUUAUGCAUUUUUAUCAACAGUUACCUGAGAUACAUUAUUAUGCAGUUGUAUGUAUGAUGUGAACUUAAUUUCAGGAAAAUGCACAUCAACCCUUUACAUCAGAAGCCCUGACAAGUUGCUUCCCUGACACUCCCCUUACCUUUCUCUCAUUGGCUUUGUAGACAGUUUUUCUUUAAACAGCCUUUUAACAGAUAUGCAAUUUAAGCUAGUGAAUUUCCUGCAGAAAGUAUGGAAUUGUGACUUUUUCUUUUCACUGAUUUCAGGGAAUUCUCCGAGAUAAUUCUAAUCUUCAGUCAAGGUAUUGUAUACUGGGACAUGAAAUGUAAACGUCAAAGUGCUACAGAAUCUUUAAAAUUUUCAUCCCUUACAACAACCCUUAAACUUGUCAAUGACACAAAGUAUGGUUUUUCUACAUUCACUGUGAGUUAUGAAUACAGUCAAUUGUUCUGUUUUUAAAUGUUUGCACAUUUAAUGUGGGUUCUAAAGGUGAACUUCCACUGCAAAAGCUGCAGAUUGAGUUAAUGAUUUGCCUCAGAAUGCAACAGAGGAUUUGUCACUGUAGUGUGGCCAGUAAGAUAGGGGUGUUGUGUAAGCUGAUGAAUUUAAUUUUAAUAGGUGAAAAGUGUCCUAAAGUAAUUACCAUGUAUAUUAUUAACCUACCGCUUAAUGAAUAAAAUUUUUCCCAUUUCAUUUUUUAAGGUGUCUUAUACCACAAAAUCAAGUGGAAAUGCAUCUGCCAGCCCUGAUUGGUAUGAUUAUGUAGGUUACUUAGCCAAAGGCGAUGACCCAUUCACACCUUAACUGCCCAUUUUUUUUAACCGUCAUACUUUGUAAUUUGACAGUUUUGACACCUACAUGUAACUUGUGCAGUGGAGAAAGGUCUUUCACACCAAGUCUGAAUAAGGCCAAUUCCUACACACAAAUUGGCCAGAGAAAAACCCAAGAAAGCCGUUAAACUUGACUAGAAAAUUUCAAUGAAUAUCUUGUUCCACUUUCCACCUGUAUACCCUGUCAAUAAUAAUAGGCUGAUUUAGCAACAGAACGGCAACGUCAGUUGACAACGCACACGCUAAUCAAGCAACUGGCUUGACCAAUGGUAGAGUGGUAUAAAUUGGGCACCGGAAUUCAAGUUCAGUGCUUUCCAUGUGCUUUCCUGUCAUCAACUGACGUUCCUGUUCUGCUGCUAAAUCAGCGUAAUAAAAGUCGAAGGGGCAGUGUCAGUUUUUAAAUACAUAGACGCGUAUGCCUGAAUUUGGAAGCUGGUGCAUCUAUUUAGCGUCAGAAGGUAGCUUAGUGCUUGCUUUACAAAAAGCACUGUGGGCAGCUUUGCUCCUCUAUGGCCAAAUCCUGGCAAGGAAAGAGCUUGGCUAGCUUCAAAAGGAAUUUUUGAAUAUCAAGUCUUUGAUUAUUAUGCGCAUAAUUACUCUGUAGUCUGUUAUCAAUUGAAUGUCACCAAUUUUCAGUCAGGUGGGUGAGGAGAGGAGAAGCUUUGCAGAUCUUAAUUUUUGGCAGGCCCAUUGAUAGUGUCAACCUCGUCCCCAGGGCUUUUCCCUUUCAAAAAAUGGGAGAGAGAUAGUCCAUGAUGAGAUCUUCAUCGUUCAUGGAAACAUAUGACUCACAAUUAAGUCCGCAACAUAUGAAUGAUGAUUCUAAAGUCUUGAAAGGGACACUAAGCAAAAAGAGGGGGGAUAAUUUCCGAUUUUCUCAUGAUCACCUUUCUUGUGCACAGGAGUUAGUCUAAACACCUUCUGAUCACUAUAAGCCCUGCAAUCAUGUGUACAAGAACUGCGCUUGUAGAGGAUCAGGAGGAUGGUAAAUAAGCGUCAGGGGCACCCAACGACAAUUUUCAGAAAAUAUCUGUUUGGAAGACGAUUUGAGAUCUAGAAUUGUCGGAACAUUUGUUGUAAAAUUUCUUGCUUGUCUACCUCUCCUAGGAUUUUCGAACAUCUAAACAAUGGUAUAAUUGCCCCUUUUUAACGGAUUUUUACCCUUAAAAGGUCACCUACAAUUUUCGGGACCCUUUUUUCUGGCUGAAAUUUUCGAAAAGUUCAGUUUUGAUCCCUGUAAUUUUCGCAUCACAAGACUUUCAGCUAGGAAAUCCGAACAGAUGAAAAUUUUUUAGGGGAUAAAAAUAUGCCUAUAUCUACCGUUUAAAAACUAAAAUACGUUUAACAAUGCUAAGUUUAAGUGGUUUUGAAAUAUAUUCUCGUUGGGUGCCCCUGAAGCGUGGCUACAAAAGUGGGUCUUGGGAGUUUCAAUAAUUUUGGUGAUAUCCCAACUGGUCUAGUAGCCUUCCAAUUCAUCAAUAAUCUUUUUUUUUUCUAUUUACAACUGUACUUUAUCGCUGGAUAGUGACUUAUUAUUCGACAUUUUUUAAAUAUCCCUCGGUAGUUUUGGCUCAGAAAUUUCUCAUUCGAUGCAAUUUUCUUUAAAAAGUAUGUUCCACUCAAACUCUAAUGAGCAAAUGCGAUUUGCCAUGGUCGACGAAACAAAAUCAAAAAGUGGACACGAUCCUCCGACCAGUUUGCCAGAAAUGUCAUCGCAGAAGAAUUGUAUAGCAGAUCACUUUAAAGACAUCACUUUAAAGAAAAGUACCGUAAAAUUGCGAAAAUAAACGCCUCCAAACGUAAGCCCCCCAAACUCGUAAUGCAAAAAAACCCUCUGUUAAAUCGCCCCUCCAAAUAUAAGAGAUCUUCAUUGAAAUUUGUCGCGUCAUUUCGUCUUUCCAUUAACUGUGUUGUGAAGACUAUGGUGCUGCUAUGUGAGAAGGCCUGUUAGAAAAUGGCAGAGGGCCACUCACCAAAAAUUGCAGGGUUGUUUUACAGAGAUGUCGACAUGGAUGAACCAACCAGAACCUGUCAUCGUACUGUCUCACAUUCUUUGACAAGCUCGUGCUAAGCCGAGAUGCAACAUUUUCCAUUCCUCAACCUCGCAUCUCCACCGUUGAGAUCCAGGCAACGUUCGGAAAGGCACAUUAAAUUAUUAGAAACUUGAGCCCAAGCUUGUUAUGACAAAAAAUUACUAGCGGCAGCUACCCUUCUCUCAGUAGUACUGAAUUACAUAGAGAAAAGAGGCCCUAAACCAUCGAAAACACUUGCAAGAUCAAUCCAACAACUGAGGAAACGUGAUGACAUAGUAAUAACUAACCUGGACAAAGGUUUAGGUGUUGUUCUCAUGGACAAGCCCGAGUUCAUUUGACUGUUAUGCAUGGCAUCUGUCAAUGACUAGACUAAAUUCAGGAAAGUUGACCAGCAGUGACCAAGCUAGAGAGGAAUACCACCAAAAUAUUACCACCCACUUCUUGAAAAAGAAAAGCAUCUCGAAUCAGUCGUUUGCAGAAUUCUUCCUAAAGAAAUAGCUGACUCCGUCGUCCAGGGGGGUUUACGACUAGUCCAUCUGUACCCUAUCCCUUCACUCUCCUGAGAGGGAUAAGAAAGCUCUGUGCCAAUAGCAGCAGGGUUUUUCAGCCAUUCCAAUUCAACGUCUUAGUUGCCGCACAUCUCUCAAGGUUUUACUGGUGGCGUUUCUUUCACAUGCGUGGAGGUGGCUUCCUGGGAGGGUUCCUCUUGGAUAUCAGGUGCUGUAAAGCAUGGUUUCAAAUAAUUGAAGUGAACCACCUUCCUCUGACGACGUUUUCCUUGUUUCCUCCUCUCCUCGUCAAUGCGAUAGGUAACACCAGACAGGGCCCUCACAACCCUCCAAGGACCACACCAGGGCUUGAGAAAUUUCCAACUUCUCAUCCUGGCUGAGCUUUUAUACCACACUGCACCCGGUCUCCUACACGGAACUGCUGACCAUGGCACUUGGUGUCGUAAUAAGCUUUCUGAAAUUUCUGCGCUUGCUUGAGGGUCUUCCUUGCUAGUUGUACUGUCUCCUCCAACUGCUGUUUUUACUGAACAACAUAAUCGGGGUAUGUCUGCGACGACCCUUGUGAAGGUGCUGUUUUGAACUUCAGGAUAGAAUACAAUGGCAAAAUAGCUUCCCUGCCAAACAUCAUGCGGUAAGGGUUAAAUCUAGUCGAUUCCUGUACACUGGUGUUGUAGGCAAGAACCGUUUUUGGCACAAAAUCCGCCCAGUCCCGUUGAUAAUCAGAAAUCAGCUUACACAGGAUCUUCACCAGAGAUUUGUUCAGUCUCUCCACCUGCCUAUCCCCUUGAGGAUGGUAAGGUGUGGUCCUUGUUUUCUCUGCGUCAAUCAACUUGCACAGUCCUCUGAAGACAGCUCCUUCCACAUUAGCUCCCUGAUCAGAAUGUAAACCCUUGAAACAACCAAACUGGCAUAUUUACUCAUCCAUCACUUUCUUUGCCAGAGCAAAACUUAGUAAAAUGAUCGGAGACCACCGGCAACCACUCAUGACCUGAAGUAGAUAUCGGUGUGGGACCCAUAAUUACUUUUGCGACCCUUAGUAAGGGGUGACCGGCCUUAUCAUUGAUAAGAGGUGCCUUAGGCUGUUUGGACAGGUCGGUGACUUCAGCACAUGGAUCGCACCUCCUAAUAUGAUUCUCGACAUCCUUCCGCCGACUUCAGAGUCUUUGUCACGCCAAGUUGGCCUGCUGAAGGAUCCUCGUACAAGGUGCACAAAACUUGUGGCAUGAGACGCUCAGGUAAGCAUAUUCCUAUCUUGGCCUGUCACUUUAUGUUCCCAGCGUCUAUACACCAAACUGUCCUUCAAAAACAGCCUUCCCCACUGUAACCAGUACAAUAAUAGUUUGCACCCCUCUUCCAUCCACGUUGCCUCUAGGGGGCCUGACACCAGGUUAGCCACUUCUCAACUUGCAAAAGGAUUGAAUCUUGGUUCUGAGUCACACGUAAACUGUCCCUUGACAGCGGUUCUAUAUUCACAGACUGAAUCAGGGUGGCAUCUCUCUGGUCCUUAACUGAUGCGUCCUCGUCCCAGGGAAGACGGGACAGUUCAUCUGCAUUGUCCCUGUGCUCCUGUAGUGUACGGCCAAAGAUAAUAACAGGGCCAUUUACACGAGGAAACAAUAAGUUGGGUCUUUCAUUAGGCCUUCCUAAAUAAGAUACAAACUAUCCCGUAUAAACGGCACAUUAAGACGCGACUUAGCAAAGAUGCGUUUUAUCAAAGAACAUGUGUCAGGGGCUCUUCUUAAAUAAGACGCAUCUUAGCUAAAUUGCAAACGAAAUGUGCCGUUUACAAGGGAUAGUUUGAGUCUUAUUUAGGACGCUUUUUAUGUUAGACGCGUCUUAUUUUUCCUCGUUUAAACGGCCCAUUGUCAUCUAUAUACCGUAGACAGUCUGACCAGCAUAAACCCUUCAAGAUAAGGUACAUAGCCCUCAUAAAACACGCAGGUACAUUGGUAUGGCCGAAACUCAGUUUGCAAAAUUGGUAAAGGCUAUCUGGGGUUGCAAAUGCUGUCUUCUCCCGAUCUUGCUCUGCCACAUCGAUCUACCAAUGACCUCUAAGGAGGUCAGGUUUAGCCACCAAAACCACCAGAGAGGACCAAGGGGAAUCGGACGGCUCUAUAAUCUGUGCUUCAAGCAUUUUACCACUUGCUGAUACACCUCUUGCCUUUUAUGAAACGGGACUCUUCGAAGGGGUAUCUGAAUUGCCUUGGCAGAGCCUGUGUCAAUGGUAUGUUUCACUCCCUUUGCAGAACCUAAAUCCCACGGCCUCUUCGAAAUGCAGUCGGGAUAAGUGGACAACACCUCACAAUGCCUACGUUUUUUCUCCUCUGGAACCAGAUCAUUGUUAAUAGGGAACAUCUCUUCCACUGAGAAACUUCCGCUGUCAACGCCCUCUAAUGAUUAUUUUCCAACCCUACCUCACCAUCUUCCUCAGGAUCCCUAGAGGUUACCACCUUGUAGCCCACACACACUGAUUUCUUCGAAUGAUUCCUCCUCGCCGACCAAUGGGUAGAGAUCACCUAUACCUCUGCAUCUGUAAGUUUUGCAGGGCUUGUUAAGGCAAUUGAAUACACGAACUGGGAUCCAGCCUUCUUUUACAGAGACCGCUGGGUUCUUUGGUUGCACAAGAAGAAGUCUCUUUGUGUUUCCCUAGAAACCCAGUGUAGGCUGGCACUGAGAAAGUGUUCCCACUAUGUAGUCCUUAAGGCAGACUAGGGAACUGUUGUUCAGGCCAUGAUGGAGAUUCCAGCUUGAAAGGCUGGACUUUGCAUGGCCUCUCUUGUAUUAUGGGCCCUUGGUUAUGUCAGCAAAGAGGUGGAUCUGGUAGGUUCUACUGUGGAUAAAUUAAUGUCAUCUCGUCUGGUUUUGUGAAUAAAAAUGUUUGUUGAACCUAAUUAAGUAACAGCCAUUUUUCUUUUCUCUGUUGUUGAGAGUGUUUUCCUUUCCCAUACACAUUGUCCUUAUCGCUACACUUCAUUUGUGUAGUUAUACUCUUAUACAAGGUGCAGAUGCUUUCCACCACCUUCUAAUCUUGAAUUUAGGACAGAAGUCUGUCAAGACAAAAUAAGUGCAGAGGCAAAUCUUCCUAAAUGCUCCACAAGACUCCUUCUAUGACAAUAAGUUAAGUAUAUCUCACAUGCCAGGUAAGUUUUAUAUGACACUUCCGAUCCUCUAACUCUAUGGAAUGUACUUGGGGAAUUACAUAAGCCAAAUGACAUGACGUUUAUAUAAGAACUUGAGAGCUGCAAAUCGAGUUUUCUACUUAUUUUGUGGGUGGAAGUCAACCUGCCAGUUCGUUAACUGGCAUCCAGGGUGCCAACAGUAGUCAGCAACAAAGAGACCUCCAUGUCAUUCAUUGAUAAAGAAAUUAAUGUAUUCUCUGCUGAAGCCUUGAAUGGAAAUCUUAAGUACAGCAGAACCCAAUAUAUGUGAAGCUUGUUCAAUGGCUGGAACAAUUUCUUCAUUAAUUGUUAAUUCAGAUCAUUACCUUCUCAUUCAAAACUCUGCCGGGCACGAGGUCACCAAACCUGAAUGUUUUGAUCAACUUGGGUGUUAGUGAGUACUCCAGAUACAGUUUCUGUGAUGCAGUGUUUUAGUUGCCCUGGCAGGGGGAGAGGCAGUAAAAUCUGGUACUGGUUUUGCAACUGGCACUUUUUCCUUAGCCCUAUCACAUGCUCUGGAUGGCAAAUGAGAGGCUAGAUACUUGCACUGAAGGGAAAGAGGUCAACUAUCUUAAGACCUUUUCCCAGUAUUUUGUUGAUUAGUUGUGUCUUCUUAUGAGAUUGUCUUAUCUCACUAUUCUGUUUCCGGCUGUUGAAUUAAAUGAACACAGAGGACUUCAAUUUCACUUCAUAUCUGUCCAUCACAACUGCAGUUACCUCUUCCCUGCCGGAGGGUAGUCAGCAUCAAACGUUUCUAAUUGCUUACAUUAUUUCUACAAAACAUGUGCUACUUUUUUAACAAAAACCUGCUUUUACCAAUUUACCGUUUUCUAGAAUAUUUUUGUGGCAGUUAUAAGAGUGUAUUUUCAUGGAGUUCACACUUAUCUGUUGAACAAAAUCAGGGCACUUCAAUUAGGUUUCAUCUAAUCCCACCAAACCCACCUGCAACUCCUACCUUAUAUUUGAAAUUAUUAUUAUUAUGAAGUUCUAGUGAUCUUUAUGUUCAUUCUCCCUUCCUGAUUACAGUGCUGUUGUAUUUCAGGUGAUUAUACAGACUUUUAUUCAUCCAAAAACCAUGCAACAAAUGUUGGUACGAUGUUUAGGGGAAAGGAAAAUGCUUUAAUGCCAAACUGGUAAGUGUAGGUUUUACGGUAUUUGUGAAACUAUAAAUGAUAUACCGAAAUAAAAGAAAGUAAGAUAUUGUUCGAACAAGACGCUAUGGAGCGUACACUUCGGCGUCGUGGUUGUGGAACUGAUUAAUUGUAAAUGCGGAGAAAUAGUAAGAAAUGAAAUAUGGUAAGAGUAAGGUUUUAAUUUGUGAAGUUAUGGGAUUUGUCAGGAUAUUCUGAAAAGAGUAAUAUCCAAGAGGCCUUCUUGCCAAAAACUAGCAUUUCGGGCCAAAUGGUCUGUGAGAUAUUAGCCCAGUUAUGCUCUGAUGACUCCGUACAAAUCCUUCUAAAUUUGACUUGGCUCUAAACGUUUAGACCUAGGUCAAAAAUGAGGUUACUGGCGGUGAAUAACAAGUCUAACAAAACAAAUAGUGAAAAAAGAAUUCUCUAUUUUUCUUAGUCACAUCAGGCUUAAAUUUAACAGCAUAGCAAUCUCAUGGGUAAGGAGUCAAUUACCUUGUGCAUGGAAUUGGCUAAAACUUAAUGUUCCGAGUUCGAAUGUUUUGAGGAUAAUUAUUCACUGACUAUCAGCGCGCAGGGAUGUCUGAUUAACACAAGGAAGUUUAAUACCAGAGGAACAUAGCCUUUACAGGGCUUUAAAACACAGCAUCCGCCAACACAAACUUGACUUGAACUUAAGUAAAACUAAACAGCCUCUGCCAAUAAUAACAAAACUCUCACUUGAACUUCAGAUAUCUUACGGCUUCCACCAACUUGUAAACACAGAACUUGAAAAUCGACCUUCGUCACACUUGACUUAACACAGCAGUCCAGCUCGUGGGAAAAAACUUAGUUCUUCAAAAGAACUCGCUUGGAACUUGUAUGCCGGUUGAGAUAAGGUUCUAGAAAAUACUAAACAGGCAAAUAGUAGUAGCUUUUCGACAUAUUUUGUGAUUUCAGUGACUGAUGCAAAUCUUCUAACUCAUUCUGAAAUGUAAACAUGCCCUAAUCAAUUAUUCAUGAUUAAUCCAAAAACGUACAGAACGUUCGAGAAAGUCACGCAACGCAUGAUUUUUCUACGUUACACUCAACAAAGACAAAAUGUCUUUGUGCAGCAUUUUGUAACUUUAAAUUCAUCAUAAAACAGUUCCAAAGGUGUGCUCACUCGUGAAGUGUUUUUUAACACUCGAAGAGAAAUUUCGUGUCUCUGUGCGGCCACGUAAUAUCCUCUAUUUACUCCUCAAGUAAAUUAAAGACUAAACUCGAAGUGAUUUCAAGAUAUCCCGAUCCGAAGUAGUCCGGUCUCAUUUCGUGAAAUAGCCGAAACAAGCCGAAAAGUCACAAACUUGUACGCCCAAGCUUGUCCCGAAACUAGUGCAUAAUUUGGUAACUAUUUUUCAUUUGCCGAACUAUCUUGGCUCCGAGUAGCGCAAUCGGCUGAUCCCUCAACUUAGAGUCUCCUCUGAUCCAACGGGUCACACAGGUGAGUCGGUUCAAACCUCGGGAAGGCCAAAAUAAUAAUUCUUUCUUCCUCGAAAAAUUUAAAGAAUAAAUCAAAGAAAUCGAAGUGAUCUCGAGAUAUCUCGAACUAAUUCGGUUCUCACUUCGUCAAAUAGCCGAAUAAAACCGAAAACCUACAGACUUUGCUUGCCCAAUCGUGUCAAAAAAAGUCAACUUUGAUACAUUCCUGAGCGUCGCGAAUCCUUUACUUCGCGCUCCGCCGAGGUAAUGAGGCCUUCAGCUGCUGUAAUGAAGGAUAAAAUAAAAUCCUAGCUUUUACUAAUCUACAGGAUCACCAUCUCAUCAUCCCUGAUGUUGCCAUUGAUUGGCCAUAGGUCAAAUUUCCAUCUUUAUAUUUAAUUGCAGCAGUAAAAAGGCCUCACUCGAACAAUAUCUUACUUCCUAGCAUGCAGCCAAAGAACAAUGUGAAGAGAUUAUGAAAUAUACAGAGUAUUAAAUUUUUCCCUGAAAGAGAGGGGUUGGGAUAGUUUUAACAAAUUUUAGAGCAACAAAAUAAUUAUGUUUGACAUUUGACAGUAUUGAAUCGAAGGUUGCACAUUUGCACAUACUUCAGACAACUGAUUGUAAUCUAGACUGCGAGCAGUCUCUAUUUUUCUUCAGAUUUAGUGAGAGCAAUGCACGCGCGCGGGAGCGGCGAACCCGCGAGACGCGCGAAACGAAGGCGGCAGUGCCUCUCCCAUCUCGCGCCAUCAGUCACGGGCGUGGCCAUUUGCGUGUCUCGCGUUUUGCUCGACAGACUACAGAAAAAAGAGAGACUGCUCGUAGUCUAAUUGUAAUCCAUCUAGCGUUAACAAAAUUACAAGUAGGGUUCUGGGGCCCGUUUCUCGAAAGUACCGAUAAUUAACAGGCCCGGUAAGCGGUCUCCGUUUGCAUUAAAGAUCGAGAUUUCAAUGGUUUUGCAUCUAACACGAUAAAACUGUCAGUUAAUGAAACAAAAUGGAGUAGUUUGCUUGCCAGGACCCGCGCUCUUAUUCUUUAUAUUUCGAUUUGAAUAUUUGAUUUCGGGCCCGUAAAGUUACCGGGACUUUCGAGAAACGGGCCCCAGAGCUGACAACAAUUUUGACUAUUUUUUUGGUUUAUCAUAAUAGGGUUCAUUUGCCUGUGGGGUAUCAUGGAAGAGCAUCUUCAGUUGUGAUAUCCGGGACUCCUGUCAGACGACCUCUAGGACAGACGAGAUCCGAUGACAGUAAGUACUGCAGUGUUAAGUUUGCAUGUCAGACUUGAUUAACCUUAACUGCAAGUAUCCCCUAUCACUCCUGACCUAUUGUGUUAAUGUAACAAAUAUCCAGGAAUUGGCCAAAUGACAUGACGACUUAAACUAAAACAUUGCUGAGAAGAUACGUAUGAAUAACAAUAUGUUAAGACAUUCUGGAAAUGAUUUACAGAAAUAAACGAUCUUGUGACUUGUUAGCAAACCUUGUUUGUGUAGCCGGGAACAACAGCUAAUUACCUUUCACCUACAGCAAGUAUUAAGGUCAUUAUCCCUUACCCUGACCUUGGUCAAUUGUUUUCAUUUCCAACUGAGUGUGAAAACUACUCAGAGCGAGGGUUUCUCUCCAGAUUAUUACAGCAAAGCUGUCUUAAAUAUCUCUUUUCUCUGCGCUAAUCUUCAUUCCAAGUCUUGUGGACUUUGUGACCAAUCGUUAUGUCCAAGUGUUUUGGUUACGAAUCAGGCACAGCAAGAGCCAUAAUAGGACUAUUAUGGCUCUUGGGUACAGAUAUAAACAUUUAUAGUAUCAAGCACACACCACAGUGAGUUAAAUAAUUAAUCUCAAUGUUUACAGCGAAACCUCCAGUUUUUGGACCCUGCAAAUUACUGGAUUUUGAGCUUGAAAUGGUAUGUCAUUACAUAACAUACACGUACAGAGGUGACCAUAAGAUGCUAAAUAAAUAUUUAAUUAUUCCUUACAUCGCCUUCUUAUUUUAAACAUAUUUGUGUUUCUUUUGGAAGUAGCUCUCUUUGAUUAUUGUACUUGCCAAGAACCCUUUUAGAAAUCCAAAACUACUUAAAAUUGAUUUUAAAAAGAUACAGUGUAAACAAUGUUUAAAAUGUCUAGCAUUUUCUAAAAAUUUAAUAAUUAUAUUUAUUACUUUAAAGCAUUAAAAAAAUGUAGACACGUGGCCAAAUGAUAUAUUAGGGACCUUAGGCAAGGAGAAUUUUGACGUCCCGGAAGUCAAAAAUGACAACCGGAAGUUGAUAUUUUGUGCACUGACUCGAUAAAUUCGUACAGCGGGAGUCAAAACAAAGGCAUUCAGAUUCCGGUUGCUAUUCACGACGUCCGGGACGUUAGCGUUCUCCUUGCUUAAGCUCUCAGGCCUUACAAAUUGGAAAGUGUUUUCUUAAUGCAAGAACGAGUAAUUACAAUCUGUGGGUUGUAAAUGUAUCGUCUAUACCACGGGUGAAUAGCACCAAAUAUCUCUUAAAUUUUUUCUAUUAUUUCGCCAAACACUGGAAUUCGUUGCCUGAUAAUUUGCCUGCUUAGCCGGAAUUAAGGAGUUUGUUAGCAGGGUCGGCGUUUAAAAGUUAUAUAUUUUUGGGAUUAUGAUAACUUUUAUUGUUGAAUCAUAAUUUCAGCUAAAGGAGUUGUGAAUUAUUGUAUCAUAGCUAAUCCAGAAUCUUACAUGUAGUAGUUUGUAAUUCAAAUUCAUAUUUUCUGUUUUUUGCUUUUAUUCUUUCCAAGGGAUAUCUGUAAACAAGCCGUAUAGCUAAGCAUAUCUACAACUUUAAGCAAUGUCCAAAGGGACGUAUCCUCAUUACAUUAGAGCGAUUGUCGUAUGAACUUGAACUGAAAACGCGCGAACAAAACAGAAACAACAAACGGAUAAAGAGCGAUUUGAUUGGUUUAUAGAACGGACACAAACGCGCGUGGCGUUUGGUUGGUUAAGCGAACGCUCAGGUGAAAAAACUUCAUGCCCGAGAACUUUCUAGAAAUCAAUCGAUACUUCGCGUUGACGUCAUACUGCAAUACCGCGUCGUGUUUUACUUUCAGUUUACAACUCAUUAAUUGUCCCUUACUUGACUUAUGGUAUUUGUGGUUGGGGAAAUUGUGCCUUGACAUUUCAAAGAAUGAUCGUAACUCUACAAAAACGGGCCUUACGACUCAUUUACUUCAGUAAGUCUAAGGAACACGCCGUACCCUUGUUUCUCAAAUCAAAUUGCCCUCCCCUACCUAGCAUAUUUUUCAGAGAUUGUAGCUAUUUAUUGUAUGAUAUCAACAGACAGACAGCACCAGUUAGUAUUCUCAAUCAGUUCGUUAAAACAAGUCAGAUUCAUAACUACAGAACAAGAUCUGUCUCUAGCGACUCGUUUUAUGUUAAGUUCUCUAGAACCGAUAAAAUGUAUGCCUUUUUCACGAGAAUCGGUGCCCAAAUUUGGAACUCUAUUCCGUAUUCGAUUAAAAUACUUAAACGUUCGUCCUUUCGUAAAAAAAUAAAGGAAUUAUUACUAAAUGUUUUGCGGUCAGAAGAUGAUUAUGUCGAAGUCUCCCGUCUUAUCAAGUUAUUUAAUACUUUAGGUUAGCCUCUCUUCGUAAUCGUUAUGUACAUGCCUUGUUUUAUGUUAGUUUAAAUUCUAUUUACUGUUUUGUAGUGUCUUCACUGUUAUUUAGUCCAUCUAUAUAUAAAUCUUGUUUUGUAAUAUGUCUUCAGCUCCCCCCGCCUCGAUUAGUUCAUAAGCUAUUUCCGGGUGGGAAAGUAAUGUAAUCAGUUAUUUUCCAAUUUUCAAUAAAAUUUGUUUUGUUUGUUUUUUGUUUUGUUAUUCAAUUAACCAAUCGAACAAUUCCUUCUCCAUAUUAAGGUUUUCUUCGGCGGGAAAACGAAGAGUCCAUGUUUUAAUCUUUUCAUCCACUGGCUGAUGAAACAAAUAACGAACACUUAGCGAAACCAUUUUUCAAGGUCAUACGAAAAUCGCUCCAGUCUAUAUGUUUAUUUAUGCGGCACAGCUUACUGUUACCCACCCAACCCAUCAUGAUAUGAAUGAUGUGUGACCACAUAACCGGGAAACGUCUCCUGCACUUUUCGAACACUUGACAAAGUGUGAGUUCUUGUACGUUCCCUUCGAAUUGACCAAUGAAAGAAGUAUAAAAUAGGACAACGUCACCGCCCAAUAAAAGGCUGCGAUCAUCUUUACUGAGACAAGGUCUUGAAUCCUAGCCGGGGAGAUUUUAUUAAUUUUUUUUUUAAGACUCUUCUUGUUGGUUCGUUCGAAAUUUGAACCCACGAGCUCCCGCUAGGCAGACCAGCGCUCUUCCAACUGAGCUUACCGGGCGGGAGUUACAGUGUUAAAUGCAGUAGUUCUUUUACUUAGAGCUCUAAUUGAUUAACAGGUAGACUGAUUUUGUUGUUUAUGUCAACAGGCAUUCUUUUGUGGUCCUGGAAAUAAUCUAGGAGAACCAAUAACUAUUGAAAAGGUACACAUGCAACUAUUUAUGUUUCCAAGUGGCAUAAGAUUCUACGGAGGCAGUUUGAAGUGCUGACUUUCUUCUAUUAAAUUCUCAACCUAGGAAAAUGCAUUUCCGGGAUUUCCCAUUGCUUCAUUAAAUAGCAGUUAUCGAACGUUAGACCUACAUUUGACCUUAGGGACCGGUCAUAAAGUACGGGGGGGUAUGAAAAAUUGGGGGUGGGUCACUAUUUUUCAUCAUGACAGAAAGGGUGGGUCAGGAAAAAUAAUGCACUGCAGUAGGGGUGGGUCAUGGUAAAAAUAUUCACAUCUCACAACUUUACUUAACAACAACAAACGUUACUUGAUCUUAUACAACAACAACAACAACAACAACAACACUUUAUUCACAUUUCCAUUACAGGGUUUGUCAAACUUAUUGAAUAAUUAGUAACUUAACACGUAGAAUAUUCAAUUACAAUUUAAACUAAAUAUUAUUACAUAGAAGGAAAUGCCUAGCGGCUAGAUAACCGUAAGGUUUUCGAGCUAGCAACUAGUUCUUUGAAAGUAGUGUCGAAUGUACAGGACAUCACAAUAACUAGACAUACAAAACAUCUUAAGACACACACCAUAAAAAAAAAAAAAAAAAAGCACAUAGAUGGCAAAAAAAAAAGAAGAAAAACAGUCAUCAUAGUACAUGACGAUAUGAUUAAAAUAAAAUAAUUUCAGUAAGUUAAUUGUUCGGCCAACAAGUAUUCUUUUAAUGUUUUAGGAAAGUUAUAAGUUGAAAGGUCUUUUUAUAUGGGUAGGGAGCUGUUGCCACAAUUCGGUCGCCAUAGCCGCUGUUGUUUGCUUUCCAAUAUUGGUCCUGGAACGUGGUUUGUAGAAGUUACUUUUUGAAGCAUAUCUCGUAUUAUAUGUAUGGACUUCACUUGCAUAGCGAAAAUGCUGAUUAAAAAUAUUUGGUAAUUUUUAGAAUGCCACUGAUGAGUGAAGUUAAGAAGCUGUAGUUUAUAGAUAUUUGUAACAGUAAGUAAAUCCAAUAAAUUAAGUAAUGGUAAUGCACUGUCUGUAUCUGGUCCAAACAAGGUGGCAAAAGAACAUAACGCGGAUAACAUGAUUUUGUUUUGUUUGGAUUUUUUUUUAAUUUGAGUAGUAAAUGCACUGCCCCAGGAGGUUAUCGCAUAAGAUAUAUAAGGAUAGAUCAGGUUAUAGUAUAGUUGUUUAAGUUGUAAAAGGGAGGUGCAGUGUCUGAGUUUGCCAACAAUUCCUGUGUUUCUAGAAAUUCAGUACAUAAAUAAGACACCUGAUGUUUCCAUGAUAGCGUGUCAUCUAUAAGUACGCCCAAAUAUUUUAUGUAAGUUCUCUUUUCUAAGCCGUAGGUGGAGCCAUCAUUGUUAGUUAAUUUUACAUCCCAUGAUAUAUUUGUCUUCUUUUUAGGUGAUUUAAUUAUCAUAUAAUUAGUUUUCUUUAAGUUGAUGGAUAGCUUGUUUAAGUCACACCAUUCUUUAACUUUGGAUAAUUCAUGGUUAAUUAAGUUUUGUAAUUCCACGGCAUUUGAGGAAGACACAAAAAUAUUGGUAUCAUCUGCAAAUAUUCUAAAGGACAAUUUAUCGGAGCAGUUAGGGAUAUCAUUAAUGUAUAGUAGAAAAAGGAGGGGACCAAGAGAACUGCCUUGCGGGAUACCACAUUUAAUAGUUUGUUUAGAAGAUUCCACACCGUCAAUGCUAACGUAUUGCUGUCUAUUGGUAAGAUAACUAGUAAACCAACUCAAUGGGAUUCCCCGAACACCGUAUUUCUCUAAUUUAUUUAACAGUAUAGCAUGGUUGACAGUAUCAAAGGCCUUAGCGAAGUCGAGAAAGACUCCGCAUGUGAGUAAGUUAUUAUCUAUUGCUUGUUUCAAAUUGUCAGUGAUUUCUAGAAUGGCUUGUUCAGUCGAUCUGCCCUUCCUGAAGCCGAACUGGUAUUGACUUAAAAUGGCAUAUUUUUCAACAUAGCUUUUAACUGUUUACAUACCAGCUUUUCAAAAAUCUGUGCAAAUAUAGAAAGUACUGAGAUAGGGCGAAAGUUAGUCGGGUCAGUGAUAUCACCACCUUUGUCCACUGGAGUUACUUUGGAAAUUUUGAGAAUGUCAGGCACAAUACCUUGCUCUAUGGAAAGAUUAUAGACUUUAGUCAUUGCCUCAUAGAUGUGAUCUCCGGCCACCUUAAAGCACUUUGCAGGGACUCCUAUACAUGACUUAUCAGUUGUUAGGUUCGUAAUUAAGUCACGCACUUCAUGCGAGUGAAUAUACCUAAACAUAAAACUGUUUGGAAAAUUUCUGGUAAUAUAUCUUGUAGGAUUAGAGUUAAUAUGAUUUGGUAGUUGCGCUGAUAAAGUUGGGCCUACAUUAACAAAAUAUGUAUUGAGCUGAUUACAUAUGCUCAAUUUAGAUGUAUAACAUUUGUUGUUAUAGACUAUCUUACUUAUUGUAGGGGAGUUUUUCUCUUUCUAUUUAUUAAUAAGUCAAUCAUUUUCCAUGUUGUUUUCAUAUUGUCUUUGUUAAUUUCAAACUGUUCCUUAAAGUAUUUCUGCUUGGCUAAGUCCUUGAUUUUAGUAAGCUUAUUAUUGUAAGCUUUAUAAUAUUUAAUUUUAAGGGGUCGCCAGAAAAAAAAUGAGUUUUAAACAAACGCUGCUUUUGUUUAACAGAUUGAAAUAUUCCUUUAGAAAUCCAAGGUUUUCUUAAUAGUUUUCGUUUACAUCGUGAUGCUCUUUCAAUGGGUGCAUGUUUGUUAGUCAUUCCUUCUAAUGUAGAAAUAAUUUUUGCCAUACUGUCAUUCACAUCAUUAGUAACUAAACUACAGAAAUCUACCGUGGCUAUGUCAGCUAGGUAUCUGGCUUCAUUAAAUCUUGAAUAGUUCCUAUAAUACCUGUCACCUGCGUAAUCUGGACGUUUGGUGGCUAUUGAACAAAAACAUGGCAAAUGAUCUGAGAGAUCUGCCAAGCAGAUUCCAGACUUUAAAACUUUUGUGGUGAAUUUGAGUAGAUGUGGUCAAUGAGAGUAGCACUGUGAUCGGUUAUCCGGGUUGCUUUUUGUGAUAAGAGGCAUGUAGCCCAAAUCGAAUAACAUAUCAAGAUAUUCAGAAGUAAACUUAUCACUGUGAUAUUUGUAAAAAUCAAUGUUAAUAUCGCCGGCUAUGUACACUUCAUAACCGCAGUUGUUCAAAUGAUUUAAUUUCUGCCUAAGAAGUUCGCAGAAAUUUUCGGCGGUGCCGUGAGGAUGUCUAUAGAUGGAACUAAUAAUAAUACUCUUUUGCCUUUCGGUAGUUCAACAAAGCACGUUUCAAAACCGUCAGAAGAAAACUCUAGGUCCCGCCUGCGAAAAAAAUUCAGGUUUUGUUUUAUGUAAAUACCAACUCCCCCAGCAUUCGUUCUAGAAUUCACACCAACAAAAUUGUAACCAGGUAUAUUAAUAUUGUGAAGAUGCUGAUUAUUGUCGUUUAGCUUAGUUUCAGAAAUAGUUAUAAUGCUAGGCAUUUCCUUCACGGUUAUCAAAAUAUCAUUAAGCAGACAUAAAUUCUUUCCUAAGCUCCGAAUAUUACAAUUGAAUAUUGAGAAGCCUCUUGUGUUAAAUUUUUGAAAGCACGUGCCAGAUUGCUUGAUUGUGUAGUAUUUUGACUCUAUCUUUAAAUUUCCUAAGAUAUUCAAGAACUGAUCGUUUUUGUCAGGGCUUUCAAGAACGUUCUCAAAUAAAUCUCUUUCUUCAAGCGUAAGAACAGUAUCGUACACCCAUGAUCCCACAGCUUUCGCGAAUUCUCGCCUGUCUGUUAAGCCAUAAAAUGGCAGUUCCGAUAAAUAAUUCACAGUCGUGUCAAGUGAUUAUAAUUAAAUAACUUGAACAGUUCCAACUGAAUGACUUACCAGGAUCGGUACUAGAAACAGCAAAAUUUGGGCAUAUGCACCUACUAAAUAAAAGAAAAAAAUAGACUUCACUUAUCCAAGAGGAAAUUUACUUUUGAAGUCAGCGAACUCGUCUGCGUAGUUGAAUGUGAACGUACGCUUUUCCCCGUCUCCUUGCUUGAGGUAUAUUCGCCCGUUGUUGGUCCAAAUAUAUUUCCACUUGUUGUCCUUCUUAAACUUGUCGAUGCUGCCAAACAAUUUCUUUCUUGCUUGUGUUAGCGACUCGGAGAUAUAUAAUUUCUUCUUUGGGUCUUGAGAAAGAUCCCGUAGAGUGCCAACUUUACCAACUUCUUUGCCGGCGAUUGUUUUCCUCUUUCCGUAAAACUCGUCCCGAAUACUGCGACGCGUAAACUUGACGAUAAUCUUGUCUUCUGCACUUUUAUUGUAAGUGGGUAAACGGUGGGCCGUGGAGAUGUCUUCAUCUUGCAGCUCGAUACCCAUUUCCUUCCCAAUAGAACAAACAAGGUCAAAACAAGAUACUUCUUCGGUUGGUAAAACGCCUGUCAGCUCCAAGCAGUCGCGGCGCAAGUAUUGAGAGAGGUCUUCAAUUUCGCGCCCUAUUUUCUUGCACUGCUUCAUAUCUUCCUUUAGGUUCUUAACAUCAGUGGAAAGGCUUGCUGUUCUAUCAUUUGAGCGCUGUACUUGCUUCAAGAGCUCAUACAGGAAUUCACAUACACAUUUUGUUUCCAAUUACAUAUGUAUAACCUAUAAACCUGAAAAGGAAUCACAGAAAGCUUUUUGUAGUAUAAAAUAUAGAACAAAGCUUUACUACGUGGGCACAGCAUUUUCACUGUUCGUCAAGCUAAACUUUAUCAACAUAUUUUUUAUCUUUUGUCUUCUUCUAAUCAUCAUCUUCUCCAUUACCAUCAUCAGGAGGAUUACCAUCAUCAUCGUCAUUAUCAUCAACAUCAUCAUCACUAUCAUCUUCUAACACUCAACAAAACUGGUGACACAUAUCCUUUGAUUGUUUCGAUAGCAUCCACUGUAAAUUUGCCUUUAUUUAUCAAUGGCUUUAACCAGCGACCUUCUCUCUUUUUGAAGCUUUUAAGGUCUAUCAUGAUACAAUGAUCCGAGUUUAUAACACCACCAUAAGAUGAUGGUUAACUUAAUGUGGUGGAUAACACUCUCUAACAGUUUUUCUCUGCCCUUUCACGGCGGCGCCUCUUAGCUUUAGCUUUGUUUUCUUUCACUCUUCUCUUUUAAGACACAAAAGUAUCUUUUGUGUUUUUCUUUCUGGGCCUCUACUCUCAUCAAAGUCUGGUUGAAGUUUCUUUGCAAUUCUGCAAUUACUCCCAAACAUGUUUCAUUGAUUCAGAAGCAUUGCACCCACCCUUGCCCAGUGAUGAUUUUCCCAGACUUGGUGAACCGCUGGGCAUUCUCUCUCUGGAUACUGCUCUUCAGCUUCUCAGAUUUCUCUUUCAAUAAUUCUGUGGUCUUUUAAUCUUCUGAUUACUUGUAUGACGGUCAGUUGGCUUUAAGGGUUCCUCUUCUGAACCACCUUUUGCAAUUGCUGCUUGCAAUGAGAUAGCUGAAAGCUGGCAGUGAAGAUCAUACGGGCGUCUGCCUUCAGAAUGAAAUUUUUUAAACAAAAUGUCGUGCAUUUCGCGACCACUUCCAUUGACGAGUUCCGCAUGAGAUUUCCUCUUUCCAGCGAUUCAUUGCACCGGGUUCCACGUCCAAAGCCUGAUGAAACGGCUACACCAGGUCUGAAAUAUUUAGCAUUUGACCAAACUCCGAUCACUUCACCAGAAGGACACCCCAGAGAUCAAAACGAAAAGGUCACAGUAAACGUCAGAGAGAAACUGUGUUCAUCGCAGGGACACUGAAAAAUCUCUUUCUGGAAAAGCACCAAUUGAGAAAUAAGAAAAUGAAGAAAAACGAGAAGCUAGCGUUAAUUUCAACUUGUUUAGCCAAAUCCCAGCUUGACAAAGCAACUUGUCAGCAACCUGCAAGAAAGGUUAAUGUGGAAGAAAAUGUCGAUUUUCAUGAUGGCGACGAGGAGUAGAGAGUGGACGACAACGAUGAUGACUAUGAUAGUGUUCAUGCAGAUGACACUGAUGAUGACAGCAAUGGUUGUGACAACAAAGAAUAUGAUGACAGCAACAAAGACUAGGAUGUCGUUCUUCAAGAAAUUGGAAGUUCCAGCGAAGAUGAUGAUGAUAAAGAAGCGACUUAUAGGAUAGAAGAUGAAUUCUGUUCAAGAGUGGGACGAAGUGUUACAACAUUUCGAUCGAGGAGAUUUUUUUGGAGAUUCUGAUUAAAGUGGUAAGCCAAUGUUGCCUACGUACCUAUCCACAUGACUAAUUUUGUUUCGGGGGUGGGCCACUAAGUUUUUCUAUGCCACUCAAGGGGUAGGCCACCUCAAUUUUUUCAAAUAAUUCGGAGGUGGGCCACAAAAACCGGUACUUAAAAUGAUUUUUUGUAGCCCCCCGCCCCCGUACUUUAUGAUCGGUCUCUUAUAUGGAAAAUGAGUGCAAAAGUGCCAGUGAUUUACUUAGACCGGCCAACGGCCUGAAUCCCGUACAGUUACAGGGGAGAUUAAUAAAAAUGGGCCGAAAGCGAAGGUUGAGAAUGUAAUUGAAACAAUUAUUCCAUUUGUCCUUAUUGGAUAAUACGUGGUUAGUGAAAGAUAACUCUAUGCUUUGUACGUCACGAGCUAUUUACCACCUGGUAUUCAAUUUUGGCUCGUGGAAUAAUUGUUAAGUGUUUCACAGUGUUGGUGUGGAUAUAGCCACAUCAUAUGACUGAAUCAAGCUAACACUUGUAUCUUACCGAAGACUCAUCAUGCACUAAUCUGAAAUCAGGCUCUAUUUUCAGAAUGCAAAGGUAAAUUAUGAAAUGUAAACUGUGUAAGCUUAUGAAACCUUUCGGAUGACAAGCUUAGCAGUACCCUCUGCGAGCUGAUAAACAUGCACCACUAUAGUGAGAAAAUUUGAGAGAAAUGAAGAACAAGUGUUUAACUUGAUUUAACUUGGAUAUGUGUUUAUCUACAAGUGUUAAAUUGCACUUUUCUAUAAAUUAUCAUAUGCAAGUGAAUAAUAGGUUAUUACAUUUUCUACCUGCAUCAGCAAAAUGUUGUACAUAGAUUUACUUAAGGAGCAAAAACAAACUGUUGAUUUUAAUUUGUAAAUUUUCAGGCACAAGAACACAUUUUUGGAAUGGUUAUUAUGAACGACUGGAGUGGUAAGUUAAUGCCAUCUCAAGAGAGGUUGUAUAACGACAGGAAUUUUUACUUUGGCUAACUAAUUUUGCUUCAUUUACAGCAUACAUGUAUGCGUGAAAUUCAUCACUUUUUUACGUACAUAUUUAUCGGUCACCCGUUCCAAAAUGUUUAGUGAUUUAAAAUGUUUGUUUCCUAGAUACUGGUACAACAUUUGUACCAUUACUGGCAUUACAGAGCUUGUCUCCAGUCCAUUUUAUGGCCUUGUAUUUGUUUAACUAUGCACGAAAUCUAAUGUAUCUCUGUGAUGUGUAAAUGUGCUGUUCGUACAAAUAACCAUUGACAUCGUUAACCAUUGAAAUCGUUCUCAUGAAAGACCGAAACGUAUCCUGGUAGGUACGACGUUUUCACACCAGUAUGAAAGCCAUAGUGGGGAAAGCCUUCACCUCAGUGCAGAACCGUGAAUACCCCACUUGCACAUCUCCCUUAAUGCACCCUAUUGCCCACCAAAAUUUGCAUAAGCAUUGUUUUCAAUUUCUCUGGGGACGGUUAUAAUACCCAGGAGGAAUGAAAAACAAAGGUUAUGCAAAAUUUGCGGGGGGGAGUGGAGAGGGGCAAAUAAGGUGCAUUAUGGGAGAUGUACAAGUGGCGUAUUACGGUUCCCCAAAACUGAGAAGUGAAGGCAGGCAUGUAUGUAUUUGUUAUAAGUGACCUAAAGGUACCAAUAUCAGGGAAUUGUAGCAUCCAAAAGGCGGAUGUUUUGCACGGGUUAUUAAUUUUUUUUCCAAUUCCAGCUCGUGAUAUACAAAAGUGGGAGUAUGUUCCUUUGGGUCCAUUUCUCGGCAAAAACUUUGCAACUACUAUUUCGCCCUGGGUUGUAACCAUGGAUGCUCUCCAAGACUUUGCUAUUGCAAAUCCAGUGCAGGUGAGUCCGUUAUCUUCGUUUGUGUACGUAUCUUAUAUGUUGUGGGCUAAAUAGUAACGAUGUAUAUUAAAAGUUAACGAUCUUGAAAUCUGUCUCAGAAAACAUUUUCUUCUUUGCCCCCCCCCUGUCUAAAUCUGAAGAAAUAAACAGUGUGGAAAUAAAAAGCAUUGCUCUGAUAAUUCCUGUUGCUCUAGCCAAUUUGAGAUUUAACAAGUUGAGAACUAUUUCCCACUCAAUUCAAUAUUUGAUCGCUUCUUGAACCGUCAUAGACAUUUUGUGCACCAGCCCGACGUUUUAAAGGUUUUAACGCGGUUUUGCUUAUCUUUAACACGGCCAGUUUUCCUCCUAAAAAAAACUUCUUUUUUCGUAACCAGACGUACGGUUUUCGUAUAAAGCAAUACUCUUAUGAAUGCGCUAGGUUUGUUUAGGUCAUGCACUAACAGUAAGUAUUUUUUAAAAAGUGUAUACUUGUUUUAAAAUAUAUUUUUUUAUCUUCAAUAUUUUAGGAACCCACCCCACUGCCAUACCUCCAGCACACGGAUCCUUACACUUUUGAUGUUAACCUGGAAGUUUCCUUAAACUGUAUGUAGAAAAUUACUUAGAAUACCGGUAUCACAUCCACAGGCACAGUUUGUAUCGUACUAUCUUUACGAUGCACGCACUGAAAGAAAUCCUCGACAGCUUUAAACCAAACAAUUCAUCUAAGACAACAUCGGUUGCUACUAUACUCGCGCUGGGAGAAGGAACGGUUCCUCAGCAAUUUCCUCUUUUUAUCCGGGAUCUUUCCUUCAGUCAGGAGUAUUAAAAAACAUGAUACCGGUCCCUCUGCCUCCCGGUUCCCGCUUCAUCCUUACGUGCUUCUAUUCUAUGACAUUAUCUACCAACCUUUUUUUCCAAAUGGAAGUAGUGGCGCACGUACAUAUAUCUAGUGUUCACUUUUGUUUACCCAGGUGAAAAUAUCGAGCGUCCUGUAACUAUCUGUACAACCAAUUUUAAGGUGAGAAAUAAAGAUAACGUUUUGUGCCCUCUGUGAAAAAGCUACAGUCGAACGUCCACUAAGGGCGACCUUUCCACAACGGCCCAAUUUCUUUUGUCCUGGCGUGCAGUCCAUACAUUGACUCUUGUUUAAACCUCUGUACAGCACGUCCUCUACUACCAGAAAUAGAGUGCGCGGAUAUUUUUCACCAGAGCUUUCUCUGGUUGUUGCGCCAUACUGACGAUCCCCAAAAAGGGCGAGACAGAUGUCUAUGGCUAAAAUCCUGCUCUGUUUUGAGUUCUUUCGGUGUCGUGUUGAUUUCUUGCAGAGUUAAUUCUUACGUAGUACGAUCAGCAUUGCAGUAUUCUGCUUGCAGAAUUUAAUAUGUCUACUUGUCAUUUUUGCUCAUCAGGUCUUUAUAGAUCCUACGUUCUUCGGCAUAUUCGUUUGCGGUCCUUUGCAGUCCUUUGUUGUUAAUGUUUGUACCAAAAAUAACCUCUCAACAACGGCCAGUUUUUUAGCGACUGACGAAAAAGUCAGGAAUGGUCGCGAAAUUUGACCCUAGUGGCGCGUUGAUGAUUUAAUCGCGGCAGUCAUAUUUUGAUAGUGUUCCAUUUACUCUGUUGCAGUAAGCAUAGAUUGUCUAUAACAAUUUAUGCCUAGUCCCUGUACGGCGUUUUCCCAGUCCCUCUCGGUCAAAUCACUUCGGUGACGUAUCCGAGGAGAAUGGACAACGUGACCCGAAACGCUUUGGGCGCGCGUAAUAAUGAGGCCUAGGAACUUGGCAAUAUAACACUUAUAGCGAAUGUUGCGAGCCUUGCUCGUUUUGUCAUGUUAACAUAUCAAUUCAAAACAUUAUUUAAGUACUUUGUGUAUUUUAUCUCUAUGUAUUAUAUAUGAUUAGGUUACCAUUAGAGGAUACAGUAAUCAUAAACUUGGCAAAAUAAACAUUUUGUACUCCCCUAAAUAAAUUUGUCAUUUUUCACCCCUACCUCCCCAUAACGGCUACCUACCCAUAACGGCCACUUUCUUCUGUCCCCGAGGUGGCCGUUGUGGAGAAGUUCGACAACAAUUCCAAUCACAAAUAGUAAUACCGUACUUAAGUGAUUUCUAAUAGAAGUGGAAACUUUGUCUGGAUUAAUCAGUACCUGACAAGCAAGGCUGGCUUCGCGGGAGAAAAGGGGCUUAUUACAGGGUCCAUAAAAUGCGUGUGUACUACAUGUUAAUCUUGGCCCAUCUAGUUGGUUGCGGCUCAAAAAAGUCACCAAAAAAUGAUUUUGUUUGCUGGAUCCCUAGUGUGUAACGUCAAGAAUUUACCUUAGGUUAUUUUCUGAGCCAUUGUUAGAAUUGUAGACUAUUCAAAAAUCUAGGAUGCAGCAAGCAUUAUCCCUUGUUUCUUAGUCCGCACGGCCACUCACGCCUUCGCCGUUCUCCGUCCGCGCGCAUUCCACUCCACUAACGUUGACGGAUAAGAGAUCUCGUAGUGUGACGUGUGUAUCAGAGGCCAUAACCCGACAAACUAAAACUCAAGGCUUCCAGGUCAUUAGCAUAAAUUUUCAAUGCAACUUGAGCAACCGUACGGCGUGGAAUCUUCGGAGGCAUUUCGUAGCAAUAAGUUGAACAGCAACAAGUGCAAUCUUAGCUUGAACCUGGCUAGUUUGGUUGUUCAGUGUAGUCAAUAAAUUAUUUUUCUUACAGAAUAUGUACUGGACACCUAAACAGCAGUUAGUUCACCACACAGUGACAGGGUGUAAUGUUCGCCCUGGGGAUCUUAUGGGGUCCGGUACAAUCAGCGGAGAGGUGAGGUGUUUUUAUAUAUGCAGCAAUUAAAUAAUUUACGGUGGUUAAAAACAUUGUUUUAUCAGUCGAUCAGACAGUCCCUUUGUAAUUGUGAUAGUUCAUGACACAUUUCGCGUAUUCCUUUCGUUACCCCUCCCCCUUUGACACCAAACUGCAGAAGAGCGCCUUCGUGUUGUUGGUAACUAAGCGCAGUCGGAUAUGCGAACAUUGUUAUAAAUCUAUAAGUAAGUAAAUGAUAAAAAAAUAAUAAUGAAUCAACAAGUAAUAUGCUGACUCAGUAGGAACACAUCCACUUUCCACUCUGUGGUACUUUGUCUACCAUAUCUCCAACAGAAGUAGAAUUCUACAAAUGUUCUUUGGGGAAAGGAAAACCAGAGUUCCCCAAGAGAAACCUCUGGGAGGACGAACAAGAAUCAACAGCAAACUUCUGCCAGCAUAUGACAUCGAGUCCGAGUUUACUAGAGGCUCUUUAUUCGCUGGCAGGUUAAGUUUUCCUUGACUCAUAUUCUGGCGUAGUUUCGAAAGCAAAAAUAUUUAUCCAUGGCUUAUUCAUGUUAGGUAUCUUGAAUUUGUUACAUGACAUAUAAUAUGUGUGCGUUCACAUUGUAUUUUCAGACGCCGGAUUCUUACGGUUCGAUGCUGGAACUUUCUUGGAAGGGUACUAAACCACUAGAUCUGGGAGAAGGUGUCACCAGAAAGUUCCUUCAGGAUGGAGAUGAAGUGAUUAUGACUGGAUACUGCCAAGGAAAUGGCUACAGAGUUGGGUUUGGAGAAUGCAGAGGCAAAAUAUUGCCUGCCACAAACGUGCAAUAAUUAUCAUGAACUUACUUUCAGGCUGCGGCGGAUAAAAGGAGAGAAAAGUUGCAAAUUUCUUUUUACAAACAUUUUGAAAAACAUAGGAAAAAGCUUUCCAAAGGCAGUCCAACUACAGAAUCUAAGACGGAAACGUGAAGACUACGUUACGCAGCUUAUUAAACAACGCAAGAGUGCAAAUGGAUAAAUGUUAUUUCAGGUUUUUCCUCUGUUUAAACGCAGUGUGUCGUCAGGUAUAUGUCAAAUGCAGCUUACUCUAUCGAAGACCGAAAGCUUACGAAAAUGCACCAAGAGUCCACCUUGGUCCGCUGUAUCGAGAGUUAGGAUUUGUGUGAUUAAA